CUACUAGCAGUAGGUGCCUAUUCAACUAAAAUACGUAUACCAAAUCCAACAGAUACAGAAGAACCAGAUUAUUCGAUAGUCGUUUAUAUUGUCGAGAAAUUGUAUCUCUACCCACUCAUUUACCAUUGUGAUAAUCGAACUGUGAACAGUGAUCUGUUGAUUCGAGUAAAUAAUGAAAACCAUACCUAUUACAUAAGAAAUUACGAUUUGCCAAAUAUGAAUAGUUACAGUAAACGUAGUGAUAACAGAUAUAUUCACAUUAUCGAUUUGAGCUACCCAUAUGGUUCAGAAACCGACUAUUUUGGAUUCAAAAAUAUAUACUCGAAAGACAUUGUCAUAUUCCUAAUCAGGCAGAAAUCGGUUCCAGAAGUAUUUUCCAGCAAAUGGGCUGGUAUAGGACUUAUUGUGAUAUCAUUAAUAGACUCCAAGUUAUUUACUUGCAGCCACCAAAACUCUCAAUUCAUUUGCAACUGGGAGCCAAUUAAAUCCGGAGAAUUGAAUCGAAAAUGGAUUUCGAAAGACCUCAUUGAUUUGACAGGACUGACAUUCAGGGUUGGAUAUUCAGUGAAUGCUCCAUAUGUAUAUAAAACUGAAAAAUCAGGACUGGCUGGCUCAGAAGUUAAAUUACUUAAAUUGUUGAGUAAACUAUUACAUUUCCGAUACAAACUUAUAUCUUUCACUAACUACAAGGGAAAUAAAUAUUCCGCAAUGUUGAAACAUUUGGAAAAUGGGUCGAUUUGGUGGAGCAUUGGUGGAAUCAACCAAAAUUUGUAUAGAACAAGAAUAUAUGAUGUUAUGAGAUAUACGACCAUUGGAGGAAUGACGGCAAUGUUCUACAAACAUAAAGAAACGCAUCAACUUUCUAUCUUUUCAUUUCAAGGUUUUCAAAUCAUGUCAUUCCUUGUCCUACUGGGCAUAACUUUACUAUUUUUGAUAGAGCAUAUUUCGAGUAGUUUUUUAAAAAAUGCUCGAAAGGACAAAAUCAGAAUUUUAAUGGUUAUUGCAGCACCACUAAUGGAUCAAAUCCAUCCAGCAGGAAAUAUGUUCAGACAGAAACCUGUGAAGUUAGUUCUUUUGUUGUGGUGGUUUUCCUGUUACAUUUUCUCGCUCACUUAUAAGAAUUAUUUACUAGCUUCAAUCAUAUAUUCACCUGAAACGACCAGUAGUGUUUCAGAUUUGCUAGAAGACGGAUACAGAUUCGAGUCUUCCGAAGAUGAUUAUUAUUACAUACAGCAAAGUUGUGGGGACACUAUCGAAUGUAUUGGUGUUAAGAAAAGAAUUUCCGCUAACGAUAUGUGCAACUCGUCGUCGAUGCUAAAGUGGGAGAAGCUAGCUCUUGUAGGUGAAAAACACGCUCUAGGUUUCAAGGCCCUCAGAAAAUGCCAAAAAUUGAGUUUGACUGACAAAACGGAAGUAACUUUUGCCAAUGAUGAAAUACUUGGGCUAGAGCUACAAUCCUGGAUAAUGCAAAAACAUAGUAUACUCACUGGGAUAUUCUCUAGGAUCGUUAGUCGUAUUGAAGCUGCAGGAUUCUUUACAAAAUGGCACAAAGAAGAGUAUGACACACAUUACAAUAAAAAACAGCGUGUAAAAUCGUCUCAAAGAGAAUACAUUCCGAUGAAUGUUAAAAUGUUCUUCACUCCGUUCAUCACAUUAAUUAUAGGAUUAACUCUCUCGUGCAUAGUUUUCUUAAAAGAAUUGCUGUGCAAGAAAAAAAAUUAUGUUUGAAAAGUGGGGUCAUCUCAAAAUUAUUUCAAUUAUAUGCUACUAUACCUAUUUAUCCUGUAAAUAGCAAAAAUACAUUUUGUUUUCUACGUCCACUAGUUCAGGCCACCUAGUCAUUUCUGGAACAGAGUUCGACAUUGACCAAUGACGUGUAAAAGUUAUGAAUACCAGGUUUUUUAUCGUCUUUCGGGAGAGAAUAAAAAGUACCUACUAAUUUAAUUUAUUUAUCAUUAUAAGUGUUUUUUGUUAAUUUUUUGACCAUUCAAGUUCAUUUUUCAAGUGCCUACAAAACCAA